AUGCCUUACAGGUUGUUUUGCCUAUUGAUGGCAGCUGUGGGCAUACAAGCACAACAGACACCUUCUAUAAAUGACCUCAACGCUGAAUGCCUUGGUAACGUUAUUCGUUUGAGUGUCGCUCCUCUUUUUGAAGAGGUUGACGCUGUCUUCAAUGACACACAAAUCAUAAACCUGACGCCUGGCCUUGCUACUCAGUGUGGAUUCAGCUUUAAAUUUGACCCCAUGGGGAAUGCCAUGUUUUUUGCUUCUCUUCAAAACUGCUUUUCCCAAAACAUGGAUGAUAAGAUGUUCAGCUUGGUCAUGCAGUUCAGGCUGCCAGGAAACCACAUGACUGAAGACCCUGUUUAUAGAGUGGGCAAAACCUGUAGCUACACCCCCUGGACCUCCCGAGAGAUUCUGUGCGACCGCAACUACAUGGAGGUGUCUGUCAGAAGGACUCUUCCAGACAUCCAAACCAUCCCCAAACAGCCCACUGGGGGCCCGAAAGCAAGGAGCGGCAACUUCCGGAGGGGAGCUGAGGCUGUUGCUUCAGGAUACAAAAUGACAGCAGUCGUCUUUAGUCCUAGCAAGAAUGUCAUGAAUGUGGAUGAGGUCCAAAGGAAGGGCUAUGCAAUAGCCAACACUCCCACACGGCUGGUGUUAAGAAGCCCUCAUAAUGCAGAGGAGACAUACCUCCAGAAUGUAGCUGGGGUUCCGAUGCGGGUGCUCUCAACCUCAACCUUCUUUGAGCAGAAGUGGCUGGUUACUCGAGUAGAUGCCACGGCUGUUUGUCCAACACCAGAGGCAGUGGCCUUUACUCCAGAAGUGAUCACCUGGUACAUGCUCAAGCACAUAGACCCACUUUUCUCCUCUGAUGCCUUCACCAUGUUGGAGGUGUACAUGGGAAUUGACGCUAAGAGGCUGGACACUGAGGAAAUGGCUGCCAGAAACUACUCGGUUUUAGUCACAGAGGCUCAUAUUAUUGUUGAAAUUCCGGUGGGGGCGGUUGGCGGCUACUUCAAGAGCCAUAUUCAGGAUGACCAGUACUUUGUCACUUACACCAUUGAGCCCAUGCUUGAGUUGCUGUGGAUCGAGGAGGUCGCACACGAGAACACCAGCUAUAAAGUCCUCUUCCCUAUCACAACACCUCCGAUGGCCAGGCCUCCACAAGUUCGCAACUACACGCCCUUGGACACAGUUCCUGAGCAGGCAGUGUUUGUGCUUUUCAGGAUGGAGGUGCCCUUCUCAGACCCGGUGGUCUUUAAGGAGAGAAGGGUGGAACAAGGUGUCACAACCUUCACUCUUCAGCUGAUCUACGGCCUGGUCAUCUUUCCAGAGUACGCUCCUUUCUCUCACUCUGCCGUUGUGGACGCUGUACUGCUGGACAUUGUGCCACCCUCAGUCACUGGCAACUGUGAUCAGGAGAACUUCCACAUCACUGUGGACUACAGGAACCAAGAGCCCUUUUUUGUGGUCUUGGUUGGCAAGCGGCUGCUUAACCAUGAGUUUGCUCAACAGUAUUUAACAGAGGGCGACACAGACUUCACCAUCACGUUGCCCUUCUCUUCGCCGGACGCAGUGUUUGAGUCGGUUCACUCGUCCUCUGUCAGGAGCAGACUGGAUGUGGCUCUGUUGAAUCCUUACAACAACAUGACCAUCAAAUACUUUUCCCUGGCUUGCAGCUUCCUCAAAACGCUGACUGAGUGUUUCUCUAACGGAACGAUGACUGCCCUGGCGGUGAAGGUGGAUUCUGUUCCCGGUCUGAACCCCGGUCAGCUGACCCUGAGCGACCCCGCCUGUGGUCCCACCUACAGUGACGAUCGCUUCGCCUACUUCCACUUCACUGUGAACUCCUGUGGCACCACCAGGAAGUUUAUCAACAAUGUCAUGCUGUAUGAGAACGAAAUCUCCUUGCCAGAUGAACUUGAGGUGAAGCUGAAUGCCACGACGUCUUCAGAGGAGGAAUAUCAGUUAAAGGUUUCCUGCUCCUAUGUGGCCAACAUCACUCGCACAUUGGCCUUCCUGACCAGGCCGCGUGACAACGAGCCUUUUGCCGAGACUGGGACGGGUCGACUAAUGGUCAGAAUGAGACUCGCUCAGGACGCCUCGUAUAACACGUUCCACCAGGAGGAGGACUAUCCAGUGGUGAGGUACCUGAGACAGCCUCUGCACUUUGAGGUGGAGCUGACCACGUCCUCUGAUCCCAAGGUAGCGCUGGUGCUUGACCACUGCUGGGCCACCCUCAACGAGGACCGCGACUCCCGACCCCGGUGGAAUCUCAUCAUUAAUGGCUGUGAGAACCCCGAGGAUCCAUACAGUGUGGUCUUCCACCCGGUAGAAGCUGACGCCAGGGUCCGCUUCCCCCCUCACGUCAAACGCUUUGAGGCCUAUAUGUUUUCCUUCGCCGGUGAUGCGGUUGAGCCGAGUGGCCAGGUCUUUGUCCAUUGUGAUGUGGUCAUCUGUGAUGCCAGUAGUCCCACUGGCGGCCCCUGUAGUGGACAAUGUGUGAAUCAGGACAACCUGAAAAGAGGUCAACGACAUGUCAAAGACCUCUUUGAGGAGCGUCAUGUAUAUGUUUCUUCUGGAUACAUUCUUUGGGUGUAAUGUAUUGUUCUAACAUGUCAAAUAAAGUGUUCUAUAUAAAACAAU